AUGCUGUACGUCAUCGUCAUCGUCAUCGGCGGCGUAACCAAUGGAGGGAAAACCACCCUCACCAACAGACUGAUCAAAAACCUGCCCAACUGUUGUGUUGUCCAUCAGGACGAUUUCUUCAAGCCCCACGAUCAGAUUGAAGUUGGUGAAGAUGGCUUUAAGCAGUACGAUGUCAUCAAUGCUCUAGACAUGGACGCCAUGAUGAGUACGAUCUACGCAUGGUUGGAUAACCCAGUGAAGUUUAAGAAAUCUCAUGGCGUUAAUAACACCCUGGACACUGAGAUAGUCCCAAAGUCUGACACUAAAGACGAGGAGACUCACAUCCUUAUUGUUGAAGGCUUUCUGCUUUACACCUACGAACCUUUGAUCGACGUGCUGAACCAACGUUACUUCAUUUCCAUCCCAUAUGAAGAAUGCAAAAAGAGGAGGUGCUCUAGGAACUACAUGAUGCCAGAUCCACCCGGCCUGUUCGAUGGCCACGUCUGGCCCAUGUAUUUGAAACACAAGAACAAGGUCGUUUCCAACAGUCUGGAUCUGUUUGGCUGGGACCUCCAGCAGGCGUUGGGGCGGUUUGCAGCAAAGUGUGAAUCGUUUGGGAUGAGGGCCAGCGCCUCCAAGUUUGGAGCCAUGGUUCUCUGCCAGAAAACAGUGGACUGCUCUUUUCAGGUCUCUGGUUUUUGCCCCAGGUGA